AUGAGCGACCGCGGCGUCUACGGCGGCGGCCCCAACGCCACGGCGGGCAAGGCCAAGCAGUGGGGCGGGCCGCCGGCGCCCUUCCUGCCGCCCGAGCCCAUCGACAUCAUCCGCAUCAAGGCGCGCUCGCGGCGCGUGCGCCUCAACGUGGGCGGCCUGGUCCACGAGGUGCUGUGGCGGACCCUGGACCGCCUGCCCCGCACGCGGCUGGGCCGGCUGCGCGACUGCAACACCCACGAGUCGCUGCUGGAGAUCUGCGACGACUACAGCCUGAACGACAGCGAGUUCUUCUUCGACCGCCACCCCGGCGCCUUCACCUCCAUCUUGAACUUCUACCGCACGGGCAAGCUGCACAUGAUGGAGGAGAUGUGCGCGCUGUCCUUCGGCCAGGAGCUGGACUACUGGGGCAUUGACGAGAUCUACCUGGAGUCCUGCUGCCAGGCGCGCUACCACCAGAAGAAGGAGCAGAUGAACGAGGAGCUGCGGCGCGAGGCCGAGACGCUGCGGGAGAAGGACGGCGACGUGGAGGAGCACGGCUGCUGCCCGGACAAGAGGCAGAAGCUCUGGGACCUCCUGGAGAAACCCGGCUCCUCGCUGGCGGCCAAGCUCCUGGCCUUAAUCUCCAUCCUGUUCAUCAUCAUGUCCACCAUCUCCCUGUCCCUCAACACCCUGCCGGAGCUGCAGGUGGUGGACGAGUUCGGCCACUUCAACGACAACCCCAGCCUGGCCCACGUGGAGGCAGUGUGCAUCGCCUGGUUCACCAUGGAGUACGUUCUGCGCCUGCUCUCGGCGCCCAACAAGUGGGACUUCAUCAAGGCGCCGCUGAACGUCAUCGACCUGCUGGCCAUCCUGCCCUACUACGUCACGCUGUUCCUCACCGAGUCCAACAAGAGCGUGCUGCAGUUCCAGAACGUGCGCCGCGUGGUGCAGAUCUUCCGCAUCAUGAGGAUCCUGAGGAUCCUGAAGCUGGCCCGCCACUCCACGGGCCUGCAGUCGCUGGGCUUCACCCUGAGGAGGAGCUACAACGAGCUGGGCCUGCUCAUCCUGUUCCUGGCCAUGGGCAUCAUGAUCUUCUCAAGCCUGGUGUUCUUCGCCGAGAAGGACGAGGACGCCACCAAGUUCACCAGCAUCCCCGCCUCCUUCUGGUGGGCCACCAUCACCAUGACCACCGUGGGCUACGGCGAUAUCUACCCGCAGACGCUGCUGGGCAAGAUCGUGGGCGGGCUGUGCUGCAUCGCCGGCGUGCUGGUCAUCGCUCUGCCCAUCCCCAUCAUCGUCAACAACUUCUCCGAGUUCUACCGCGAGCAGAAGCGGCAGGAGAAGGCCAUCAAGAGGCGGGAGGCGCUGGAGCGCGCCAAGAGGAACGGCAGCAUCGUGUCCAUGAACAUGAAGGACGCCUUCACCCGAAGCAUGGAGCUCACCGACGUGCUGGUGGAGAAGAGCGAGCAGCAGGAGGGCAAGUGUCCCGUGGACAACCACCUGUCGCCCAGCCGCUGGAGCUACCACAAACACUACUCCAACGCCGACGCCGUCAGCCCCGCGCGCUCCCAGCCCAACCGGUACAAGGAGGUGGGGCAGCUGGGGUCCCCCGAGCGCCUGAAGCCGUCGCCGUUCCGGGCCAACCCCCAGACCCUGAGCGCCCAGGGGCUCGAGGACACCUACAACAAGAUGACCGCCAGCCGGGGCGGGGACGAGCAGAUGGAGAUGAAGGUGGUGGCCUCGGCGUCGGGGCACCUCCAGGUCCGGGAGCUGCCCAUCAGCGAGCUGGGCCCCCUCAGGGAGUCGCCCCUGGGGGAGAGAGCCAGCCAGCCCCCCGGGGGGGGCGCCCGGCAGCAGCGCGUCCCCCCUCCCCUGGACCUCAGCCAGAUCACCUCUCUGGAGUCCGGCCGCCGGCUCUCCGAGGGCUCCCAGGCCGCCGUCAUCAAGGAGGGGCUCUACGAGUUCGUCCCCAGCGGCCGUCCGGUGGGCGGCGGCGGCGGGACGCGGGAGGCGGCCACCAUGACACGGGCGGCGGCGGAGGGGGUGUCCCACGGCGGCUCCGUGCGGGGCAACAGCACCCCCCGGAAGAGGAACUCCCAGAAGGGCCAGUCACCGGGCGCCCAAGACGACGCGUCCCUGAUCGCCGUGGUGAGGCCCGUCACGACCCCCUCCCCCUCCUCCUCCGCCCGGCCGGACGAGGGCCCCCACAGGGCCCAGGGCCCGCUCAGCGCCCCCCCGCAGGGCGAGGCCCGCAAGGCCUCUCUGAGCGGCUUCCAGGGGGGCUGGGACAGCGGCGCCCGGGGCUCAGAGGGCGAGGGGCAGCCCACGGGCCUCAGCCGCUGGGGGAAGAACCACCUGGAGGGCUCCGUGUCCAGCGCCAGCCCCGUGUCCCCGAAGGGCAGCCCGCUCAACUGCACCCAGGAGGCGGGCGGACCGGGCGGAGAGGCGGGGGCCGCGGAGGUGUUUGUGGACGGAGACGAGAGGGUGGAGAACCACGUCAGCCUGGACGGCACCGUGACGGAGCCCUGCGAAACCAGCAUGUGA